UGAGGGAGGAGGGGGCUGGGGGUCUGGACUCCGGGGUCUAAGGGAGGAGGGCCUGGAGACCUAGAUUCCUGGGUCCACAGGAAGCAGGAUGAGGCCAGGGCCCAAAGGUCUGAUCACCAAGAGGGAAGGAAACCAGAAAUCUGAGGGUUGCCAUGUGGAAGACACAGCAGAAUGGUCUGGGCAGAGGAAGCAAUUGCUUUCGGGGAAGGCUCAUCGGAAGAGAUGUCAACACCAAGGUCUCCCUUCCCACCCACCCUGAGCCUGCCCACCGGGGAAUUCCAGCAGCUGUCCAGAGGAAGGGAGAGGGGAAGGCAAGUGAGGGCGAGGAGGCCGGGUCAGCAAGGCCCUACAUCCAGCAGCGUAAGGACGGAAACUACUCCCAGCACAGAGUCUGACCCGUGGGCCUGGAUUCUGAGGUCCCAGAGGAGCCUCCCGGGCUGGACUUUGGCUCUGCCACAGCACCACCCAGCUCCACGCCCGUCCCCUGCUCCCUUUUCAACCUCUCCCACAGCCCCCAGGCCCAGGACUCGGGAGUGCCAGAGGGAGCAGGUUCAGGACAGGUUCCUCACCGGAGAGAGAGAAAGAGAGAGAAAGAGAGAGGAAGAGAGAAAGAGAGAGGUUCGUGGCUCUCUACUUGCCCUGCAGAGCCCGGCAUGUGGGGCUACCUGUCCCUGCUGCCUGCUUUCCUGGCCGUCUGGGCUAUCACUGGAGUCUGGACUGUUGGCCAACAGGGCUGUGAACCUCACCGAGGGUUUCCCCUAUAUCAGCCUCUGUGGAUCUUACCCCCCUCAGAGCUGCAUCUUCAGCCAGCUGCUCAACAUGGGAGCUGCUAUGGCCGCCUGGAUCUGCAUUAUCCGUUACCACCAGCUCCGGGACUUGGGGGCCGGAAAGUGGUUUAACCUGCUGAUCCUGUGGACCGGACUGCUGUGUGCCCUGGGCACCUCCGUGGUGGGCAAUUUCCAGCAAAAGAACCAGCUGCCCACGCACCUGACAGGGGCCUUCUUCGCCUUCUUCGUGGGCAACCUGUACUUCUGGAUGCAGCAUUUACUCUUCUGGUGGAUGAAGAGCCUGCCCCAGCCUGGGCCUCCCUGGAUCGGUCCACUCCGCCUGGGCCUCUGCAGCCUCUGCACCAUCCUCAUGGUGACCAUGGUCAUCCUCCACUCCUGGCUGCUGCGCUCGGCCUCCGCCGCCUGCGAGUGGGCCGUGGCCAUGCUGCUGUUCACGCUCUUUGGCCUGUUUGCUGUGGACUUCUCCGGCCUGGACGGCUGCACCCUGACUCUCCGGCCGGGCCCCAGCCUCAGCUCUCCACCCGCCUCCCCCCUCUCCCUGCAGAUCCCCCUGUGAACGGCAGUCUGCUCGAUGUGGUCUGACCCCGGCGCUGCGAUCGAUCGCGGCCACCCAGGAAGUGAGAGGCCAAGGCCAGCCAGCCAUCCCUGCUCAAGGCUAUUUAUUAUUAUUAUUAUUAAUUUUUUUUUUUUUUUUUUUUUUUUUGCCGCCGGCGGAAUCAGAGACACGGACGCAGGCAGGGUCACGCGAAACCAGAAUUCCUUCCGGAGAGCAAAUCCGUACAGAAGGUUGUUGAGGGAAGGGGAGAACCGGGGAAGGGGGGGCCCGGGAAGGAGGAGUUGGGGAACACAGGGACAGAUGGCCCUCUCCGUCCGGAUCUGCUAAGCCACCCCAACCAGCCCCCGUCCCUCCCCCACCCCGCCCCGCAGAGAGAUUGAUCAAUAAAUAAAAUAAUAAAUUAAUCAAUAAAUAAAAUAGAAACAGCUCCCCCCCCCUCAGUCCCCCCUAGAACCACCCCCCAUUGGGCACGGCCCCCUGAGCCCCAUCCCUGCGGGGCAAGGCCGGGUUUGUUGUAUCUCUCCCCUCCCUACAUACUCCUUGGGCCCUAUUUACAGAUUCACAGUUGGGGGGCAGGGAAGGGGGGUGGAGGGGGCUCCCCUCCUUCCCCGGCCCCCUGGGGUCAGGGCAGAGGAGUCCCGUUGGUGGCCAGGAGCUUCUUGUCCUUAGCGGGGCCUCGGCGGGGAGAGCCGCUCAGCUCUGGGUCUGGGCGGCCAGGCGGGGGCUGCAGGCUUCUGGGUGAGGUACCAGCAGGCCGAGUCUGGGCCCCGUUCUUCUCGUCUGUGGAGGAGGAAGCAGUCUGGCCUCAGUACCCUCACGGCUGCCAACCCCCAAGGAACAUGUUCCGGCAGCCGCACGGGGCUGGAAGCCUGGGGAGACGGUUGCCGGGAGGACACAUCUGCAGCCGGACCUGGUGAUCUCAGGACGGCAGGUCACGCAUCCUGGGCACCUCCAAGCUGUGUGACUGUGGGAACUGGGCCAAAUGAGUCCCGGUGAGAGCCGGCGGCCCACCCUCAGGAGGCGUCCUCACAGACUCUGGCUAGGACGCUAUUCACUAAGGGACAGCCUGUCGCAGCAGCAGCAGCUCAGAUUUGAGGAUGACAGCCAGAGGUCCCCUUUCCUUCCUCCCAACCCCGGUUGUUAGAGAGGACGCUCCUUGGCAAUAGGGCCCGGGGGAGACUACGUGGGCCAUUUGGGGGCCUGAACAAACCCGGAUGGUAGAUUCCCCUUCUCCAGAACACACUUCCAGAACUUCUGGCAGCAGAAAGUUCCACUACGCCCGACAAUGAGACUACUCAUCCUCUUGGGGACCCCUGGAGGUGCCCUCCCUAGCAACGAGCCUUUCUGGGUCAGGAUGGCCAGGUUUCCUGGAUGGAGCUCAGGCCCCAGCCUCUCGGAAGCCCCGCCCACAAACCGGAGCCCUGGGGGGGCACUCGUUCAGCAGGGGGUCUCCCCUCCAGCCCACAGGAUCAAAGAGGGAGACAUUGCAGCCCCCACCCCCCCCCCCACACCUGCCAGGGCCUGCACGGAGGGCUGGUCGUGAGUACUCAGCAGCUGUGCCUGGAUGGUCUCCACAACUCGCUUGAACCGACGGCUGGGACCUGGAAGGGGUAUGGAGACAGACUGACUUGGGGACCGACUGGGACAAGGAAGGCCCUCCCACCCUGUGAAACCCAGCAAAGGACUCUUCUCUCGGUCUCAACUUCCCCGCCCUGUGUUGGGCAUAAAACUAAACUUCGGUCUGCAAAGGGGACUAAGAAAGGUCUGAGUUGAAAUAAUGAUGGGUGCCGUUUUCCACUUAAAUAGGUCCUAUUCCUUGUUAGUUUCAAGGUGAGGUCAUGUAGAGCCAGAAAUGCAAGAAAAGAAACGGGAAGUAAAAUAAAAUCUUAAAAUCGA